AUGCUGCAGCCUCUGUCACUGCCGCUGCCUCUGCCUCUACCGCUUCCGCUGCUGCUGUUUGAACUGCAUAUGAUCCUGCUGCUGCUGCUGCUGCUGCUGCUGCUGCUGCUGCUGCUGCUGCUGCUGCUGCUGCUGCUGCUGCUGCUGCUGCUGCUGCUGCUGCUGCUGCAGCUGCUGCUGCUGCCGUUGAUGUUGCUGCUGCUGUUGUAA